AUGAUGAAGAUGAACCGUGUGAUGUGUGUGUUGGCCGUUCUGCUGUGCAUCGCCUGCGGGUAUGCCAUGGCGGCUUCUGCUGCUGAGGUUAAAGACAAUAAGAGCAUUUCGGUCAGAGAAGUACCAGACUCAGAAGAACCAGGACAAGUGGGGGGUGAGGGAGAUCCAGAUAAGGAACCGGGAACAGAAGUAUCUCCUCCAGGUGAGACCGAAGGCGGUAAUGAUGACCUAAAGGAUCCAGAAAAUGAGGGGACAGGACAACUUCCAGAUCAGGGGAGCCCAACACCUCCAAGUGGAACCCCCCCAGAGGAACCAGAAGAAUCCCCAGAAGAUGGGACCACGGAUGAAGAGGAUGAAGAUAAAGAAAACGCUGGAGAUGAAGAUCAGAAGGAACCUGAGGGCGAGGGACAGAAACCUCCUAAUGAUCAAGAAACCCCCGGCCAGAAUCCUGAUGAGACACCUGGUGACAGCGAGAAACCUGAGGGUGACAAACCAUCAACACAAGAACCCACUUCCACUAAUGCACCAAGCAACGAGCAGAAGCCGGGCGAUGCUGACAGCAGUUUCAGCCCUGUGUGGAUGCGC